AUGUCGAAAUGUAAAACAAGACAUAAUUCACAGAUCCAUAUGGGCCCAUGGAAAACGCUGGAGAACAAUUCCGGAUGGCAUCCAGAUAGCUAUCGAUCGUGGCUUGUUUGUGCGGCAUCUCUGUUAUCCGUUGUUGUGGUUUCGGGGAUUGCUUUCAGUUAUGGUUUACUCCUGCCAUCCUUGAUGGAUGCUUUUGAAGGUACUCGACAAGAAACAGCAUGGAUUGGCACAUUGUACGUGGGGCUCUCUUAUCUCGUAGCUCCAUUAUCUGCUCACAUCAAUGAUCGUUAUAGCUACAGGUUUGCCGCUAUUCUGGGAUCCCUCUUAGGAAUUAUUGGUUUUAUCUUUGCUUCAUGGAGUUCCGAUCUGUGGAUGAUGUUUUUAACAUUUGGCUUAAUGUCUGGUAUUGGGCAUGGAUUGAUUUUCAAUACUUCCGUUUUGGUGAUCCUGCAGCAUUUCGUGAAAUGGCGUUCAGUAGCUGUCGGUAUUGUGGCUUCAGGGCCAGCUAUUGGCAUGUUUGUCUUCUCCCAAAUCACUCGAUUGUUAUUAAACACGUUUGGAUGGCCGGGGGCAAUGAUAGGAUACGCCAUCUUGUACUUUGUAUGCGGAUUGUGUGCCACUAUGUUCGUGACACUUAAGACAUUUAAGGAAGACAACAGCGACAUCAAUUCUCAUGGAAUAAAACGUGAAGAGUCAAAAACAUCAUCUCCCCUCAGAAAUCGUCAUUUUCUGAUUAUGUUUUCUUCAUUUGUGAUCAUUCACUUUAGUUAUUAUGUUCCCACUAUACACAUAGCAAAAUACUGCGUAGAAGAACUCGCGAUGUCCGGAGAAAGUGUUUCCUUGUUAUACACUUACAUGGCCGUAGCUUCCUUUAUCAGUCGCCAUCUUUUCUGCAAAUUGGGAGACUUUCCAUACUUCAAUAGAUUCUAUCUUUAUCAGGGGGGCAUGACCAUCAGUGGGCUAUGUAUCAUAAGUAUUCCUGUAGCAAGGUCAUUUGUGACCAUACUGAUACCAUUAAUGGGAUUUGCUCUCAUGGAUGGAUCACUGGCGGGGCAACAGUCUCUGCUUGUCUUGGAAUGUGUGGGACAUCACAAUGUGAACCAUGCGUGGGGUUAUAUAAUGCUUUUUGCAGGAAUUAGCGCUAGUGUUGGACCUCCUUCGGUCGGUCUCAUGGCUGACAUGCUUGGCUCUUACACUAUCCCAUUUUAUACUGCGGGCGUGGUGCUGAUAGUAGGGGCCUCCAUCACAUCACUGAUGACUUGUGUAAAUCAACAAUCCGAAGAAAUUGACGCCCACAUCGUUCAGUCAGAAGUGGAAGAACCUUCGGUUGCAGAAAAAAUAACUGUAUUGUAGAAAUGACAUUUUUUUUUGUCUUUAGUUUUCCUACGUUUUGAUCGGUUGCUUUAAUUAAGACUUGAAAUGAUACUAGUUGCUUUGUUUAACUGUUCUGUCCUCGUUAUCUCCUAAAAAUGCAAUUUAUAGCAAUUUAUAUCCUGAGAAUGAAAGAUAAUGGAUAUCGUAGAAAAAAGGUUAGAGCUGAGGGUGAAUCAGGUCAUUUAGAACACAGGACUGUUGUUCAGUCGUUCAUGAUAUA